AUGCCCAGUUGCACGCAGAACCCAGGCCGUCCUGACGGCAGGACCAUGCUCCGGUUUAUUUCCAGGGCUCUUGCCUUCUGGAGGAGGGUGGACUCGUCGGAGGCUGAGAGGGCGCAGCAUCUGAGGCUCCUGGAAGCGGCGCGGAGAGCGGGCGGGCGGGCAGGCGCGGGCGCCGCCUUCGGGGCUCCUCUCCGCGCGCCGGGGCCGCUGCACGCGCGGGCGCUGUACCGCUUCAGGUCGGAGAACCCGGGCGAGAUCUCGCUGCGCGAGCACGAGGUGCUGAGCCUGUGCAGCGAGCGGGACAUCGAGGGCUGGCUGGAGGGCGUCAACAGCCGCGGCGACCGCGGCCUCUUCCCGGCCUCCUACGUGCAGGUGAUCCGCGCGCCCGAGCCCGGCCCGGCGGUCGACGGCCCGGCCCGCUACGCCAACGUGCCGCCCGCCGCCUUCCAGCCGCCGCCGCUGAGCUCCUUCCAGCCGCUGGGCGCGGGCCUCUCGUUCGGCGCGGGCGCCCUGCCGCCGUCGCCGCCGCUGCAGCAGCUGUACGGCGGCGGCUCCCAGGCCAGCCAGGGCAGCGACGACGACUGGGACGACGAGUGGGACGACAGCUCCACGGUGGCAGACGAGCCGGGCGUGCUGGGCGGCGGCGCGCACCCGGACCUCGAAGACUACCGCCUGUCCACGCGCUCCGACCUGUCGCUGGGCUCCCGCGGCGGCGCGGCGCCCCCGCAGCACCACCCGUCGGGGGCCAAGAGCUCGGCCACCGGGAGCCGCAACCUCAAACGCUUCUCCACCUUCGUCAAGUCGGGCGGGGAGGCCUUCGUGCUGGGCGAGGCGUCAGGCUUCGUGAAGGACGGGGACAAGCUGUGCGUGGUGCUGGGGCCGUACGGCCCCGAGUGGCAGGAGAACCCCUACCCCUUCCAGUGCACCAUCGACGACCCCACCAAGCGGACCAAGUUCAAGGGCAUGAAGAGCUACAUCUCCUACAAGCUGGUGCCCACGCACACGCAGGUGCGGGUGCACCAGCGCUGCAAGCACUUCGACUGGCUAUACGCGCGCCUGGCCGAGAAGUUCCCCGUCAUCUCGGUGCCCCACCUGCCCGAGAAGCAGGCCACCGGCCGCUUAGAGGAGAACUUCAUCUCCAAGCGCAGGAAGGGCCUGAUCUGAUGGAUGAACCACGUGGCCAGCCACCCAGUGCUGGUGCAGUGCGACGUCUUCCAGCACUUCCUGACCUGCCCCAGCAGCACCGACGAGAAGGCCUGGAAACAGGGCAAGAGGAAGACCGAGAAGGAUGAGACGGUGGGCGCCAACUUCUUCCUGACCCUGAGCAUGCCCCCCGCCGCCGCCCUCGACCUGCAGGAGGUGGAGAGCAAGAUCGACGGCUUCAAGUGCUUCACCAAGAAGAUGGACGACAGCGCGCUGCAGCUCAACCACACGGCCAAUGAGUUCGCGCACAAGCAGGUGACGGGCUUCAAGAAGGAGUAUCAGAAGGUGGGCCAGUCCUUCCGUGGCCUCAGCCAGGCCUUUGAGCUGGACCAGCAGGCCUUCUCGGGCGGCCUGAACCAAGCCAUCACCUCCACCGGAGAUGCCUACGAUGCCAUCGGCGAGCUCUUCGCUGAGCAGCCCACGCAGGACCUGGAUGCCGUCAUGGACCUGUUAGCGCUGUACCAGGGGAACCUGGCCAACUUCCCUGACAUCAUCCACGUUCAGAAAGGAGCUCUUACCAAAGUAAAGGAGAGUAGGCGACACGUGGAGGAAGGGAAGAUGGAGGUCCAAAAGGCUGAUGGCAUUCAGGAUCGCUGUAACACUAUUUCUUUUGCCACUUUGGCUGAAAUUCACCACUUCCAUCAAAUUCGCGUAAGAGACUUUAAAUCACAGAUGUAGCAUUUCUUACAACAACAAAUAAUAUUUUUCCAAAAAGUGAUGCAGAAGUUGGAAGAGGCUCUUCACAAAUAUGAUAGUGUUUAAUGACUGGACGUUGGAUUGUGGAGUUUUUUUCAGUUCAGGGAUAAUUUCUACAGCAGAAUAAAAACUGCUAUC